AUAUAUUCUCUCUCUAUCCUUUCUACGAUACAAGAUUAUCAUUAAAAUAGUUAUCGACUAUCAUUGCUGAUAAAUGUUCAGUAUUUAUCGGUGAGAUGGAGCAAUAGUGGGGGAAAAUCGACGAAAAUGACGUAUCUCGUUAAAUGUUGGUUUGUGUCACCCGAAUUUGUUAGAAAUUAAUGAAGUAUGGAGUGGAGUGUGAAAUACGUUGUGAUUACUUGAGACUGUCGAUACCGAUAAUAUUUAUUAACUAUUAAGUAGACAUAAUAACACCAUGUCAGGCACGAAGACUGAUGCGAACAAAGACGACAAUCUAAAGAGACAGGGUUCGUUCAGGAAACUGUUACCUUUAGACACAAAUGGAGAUUCUCAAUUAAGCAUGUCUGUAAAAAUGAUCGACAGACCUACCAUUUCUCAAACCAAUAAGGAAUACUCAAUCUACUUGCAAGAAUAUAAUGUUUUAUCUGAGUAUAAGAUGUUGUGUUCCCAGGACUUAAAAGGCAUUUAUGUCGUACCAUCAGCACAAAAUUCUCUGUUAUGGUUUGGUGUACAAUUCGUUAGACAAGGAAUCUACCAAGGAGGCAUCUUCAGAUUCACCAUUACAUUGCCACAAAAUUUCCCAGAUGGUGGUUGUCCUAGAGUUACAUUUCAAACAUCAGUUUUUCAUCCUCUAAUUGAUCCUGAAUCUGGAGAGUUGUGCACUUCCUGGGGGUUCACAGAAUGGAGAAGAAGUAAUAGAAUAUGGCAAUUAGUACAAUUUAUAACUAAAAUACUCAGCAAAGUUGACAUUAAAAUGACUCCUGUGAACCAGGAAGCAUCUAUGUUAUUAGAAAAUAAUUUUGAAGAGUUUCGUGAUCGAGUUAAAAAAUGCUUGAAAGAAAGUUUGGAUAAUGCUUACAAUCCACCUAUGGUGAACGAUCCGCAUUACAUAGCUUUUGCUCGAUAUAAUAGCGAACUUCAUGACUCUGUUAAACAAGCCAUUUACAAACCGAAGGAGGAAGAAGAAAAUAAAACGUUGGGUUUAUCUUGGGUGCAACCGGGUUCCCUACAGCCGUUCUCGAAGCCUGAAGCAAGAUAACAAGUGGUUCAAAUAUUUAUAUUAUAUUGAAACAGUAUACGUCCGCAUGAGAUAAAAAUAACUAUACGCAGUAACAGAGGGGAUAAAUAACAUUGUAUUUUUAUAUUAGUAGAAAGUAAAAGAUACUAUACGUAUAAUUAUUAAAUAUUAUGGUUUAAACAUGGA